GCGCGCCAGCGAGCAGAUCGCGCACUUCCGGGUGUCACGCGCCAGCGGAGCAACUGCCAUUGAACUGCAUCUCAAUCUCUCCAUAUAUUAUAGAAGGCGAGAGGAAAUCUGGCGUAACGUUUCCAGGUGUAGAAAGUGAAGAGUGCGAGUGACACUAUUGUAAAGAUGGAGUUUAUUAAAGAGGAGAGUGAAGACACGAGUGAUGCAGAAACAUGCAGAAUGAAUGAUGAAGAAACUGAGGAACAGAGAGACAUGAUGGAAGUGAAAGUGGAGUGUGAAGAACUGAAUGUAGUGGAGGAGGAUCAUCAGUAUCAGAGACCUCAGAAGGUUAUAACGGGAGAAAAGCCGUCACAGUCCGAAAGCAAUUUCUCCCAGAAAAGAACAGGAGCCAAAAAAGCACCAUUCAUCUGCCCUCAGUGUGGGAAGUGUUUCACACUCAAAGUGAACCUCAAAAGCCACAUCAAAAUUCACACCGGAGAGCGUGAUUUCACCUGUCUGCAGUGCGGCAGCAGCUUCUUCAAAAACGCCGAUCUGAAGAGACACCUGCAAACACACACCGGAGAGAAGCCGUUCAGCUGCCCUCACUGCGGGAAGAGCUUCACACGCAAAGAGAGCCUGGAGAAUCACAUCCGGAUCCACACCGGAGAGAAGCCUUUCACCUGCCUGCUGUGCGCCAAGAGCUUCAUACGCAAAGGACACUUUAAGAACCACAUGCGCAUUCACUCCGGAGAGCGUCCGUUCACGUGUCACGAGUGUGGGAAGAGCUUCACGCAGGCCACCAUCCUCAAAAACCACCAGCACUCGCACUCGGGAGAGAGACCGUUCAGCUGCGGCCAGUGCGGGAAAAGCUUCAUCUCAGCGAAGCACCUGAAGAUCCACCAGAAAAUUCACCAGAAGCUUUUCUUGUGCUCUUUCUGUGGAAAGAUGUUCUCACAGCUGGGCUACCUGAAAGAGCACCAGAAAAUACACAGCGGCGAGAAAGCUCACAUGUGCUCGGUGUGCGGGAACAGCUUCUCUAGAGCCAAAUAUCUGAAAGAGCAUCAGAAGGUCCAUACGGGAGAGAAACCCUACAAGUGCUCACAUUGUGACAAGAGCUUCAGUCAGUCAGGGAACCUGAAAAUACACAAGAGAGUUCACACCGGAGAGAAGCCGCACCGCUGCCCGCCAUGUGGAAGGAGUUUCGUCACAUCCAGCGCUCUGCUGUCUCAUCGAAGGAAAUGUCGCCAAAAGUUGUCGUAGAGAGCAAGAGUCAAUAGUGUGAAAUUCAGAUGAACUGAAGUGUCAUUGUGCUGAAGAUCAUUUGCGUCUACAUCUUUGUGCACAGCUACAUUAAACAUGUUAACUGUGUGUAGUGGCAUUCGUUUACAUCCACAUAUUUAUAUGCAAACUUUGGAAUAUUGCAAUAAAAAGUGUUGUAUGGAAACGCCAAGAUGCACAUAAAUUCUGAAAAUGUGCAUAAAAAACAUAUGAACUCAACUGAGGCGGAUUAUUGUUUUACCUGAUAAGAAGACUAUGAUGGAAGCUAUGAUGGAAACGCAUUUAUCGAAUAAAUCCCUUGAUGCGUAACAGAAGCUCACAUACCUUUGCCUCAACAGAAGCUGUGAUUGGAUAACUGGACUAACCAGCAGACCAAUCGCUUCUCAGCAUCUCAAAUGUUGGUUUGGUGGUUCUGAAAUGCCUGAGCCAAAAUCUGUCAUCAGAAUGAUUUGGUUUAAUUCCCUCCAGAAGUGUCUCACAUGAGCAUCUGAAUGCAAGAGAACAUGACAGCAUUUUUUGUGUUUCAUCUGCUGCUCUGAGACGCAACUCAUUUAUGAUGCAGGAAAAAAAAGAUGAAUGGAAAAGACCUGCAGUGAGAAUAUGAGGAGAUCAGAACGGAAGCCUAACCAGUCAACAGCUGCAGUGUUGAUGAAAAUAUGAAAUAAGGAUCUUUGCAAGUUCAUUUAUGGCUGAAUAGAGCACAUUAAUAUUAUUUUCAAGAACACUAUGGUGUAGUAUUAUAUGUUAUGAAUUGAAAUGUCCAUAAAUGAGAGCAAAUAUUGUACAGAGCUACUCAUCUAAUGAGCACAGAGGACAGAUGUACUUGUGUUCAGUAUUGUUCCAACAAUGUAUCUCAGUUCUGUGGUAAUAAACCUUUUUUCCCCACAACACUCCAUCAGAUCUUUAAUUUCACCAGCAGAUACACACACUACUGAGAAAAGACUUUCUAGAAAUCUUCCAUGUUCUCA